AUGGGGGUUUUCCAAGCAGUCUUUAAAUGCACCAUGGAAGGAUUGACACUCUGGGAUCGUGAUGACUUGGAAAAAGACAAAAGAGAAACCCCACAACCAAACAGUGACUUUGAGAUAGUUGCUUCUGAAUCAAUUGAGGACAAAUCUUCAGUCCUGAAUGUUGAAGCAUCUUUGAAAGCAAGUUUUUUAGGUGGCCUAGUUAAAGUUGAAGGAUCAGCCAAAUACCUCAAUGAUCAGAUGACGUCCAAAAAUCAAGCCAGAGUAACACUGAAGUACAAAGCUACCACAAAGUUCCAAGAAUUAUCAAUGAAUCAUCUUGGAAGAGGCAACAUGAAGCAUCCAUAUGUUUUUCAGAACAAAAUAGCAACACAUGUGGUCACAGGCAUUCUGUAUGGAGCUCAAGCAUUUUUUGUCUUUGACCAAGAAAAAUCUGAGACAGAAAAUCACCAAGACAUUCAUGGCAACUUGAAAGUUUUGAUUGACAAGAUUCCAACCCUAACUAUUGAAGGUGAAGGUUCCUUACACAUGGAAGAUAAGGACAAGGAAUUAAUGCAGAAGUUCUCCUGUAAGUUUUAUGGAGACUUCCUACUUGAGAAAACUCCAACAACCUUCCAGGAUGCAGUAGCAGUUUACCAAAGCCUGCCCAAGCUGCUGGGGGCCAGUGGAGAAAAUGCCGUACCAAUCAAGGUCUGGAUGCUGCCUCUGACUAACUUAGAUUCUUCUGCAGCUAAACUUGUCCGUGAAGUAAGUAUUAGGUUAGUUCAAGAAGUACAAAGUGUCCUGGAGGAGCUCAGUGACCUGGAAAUAAGGUGCAAUGAUGCAAUGAAAAACCCUACAACACAGCAGUUUCCACAGAUUAUCAAAAAACUUAAUCAUUUUAAAAGUUUGUGUUCUGAGUUCAGGCUUGAAUUUCAACAAACGAUAGCAAAGAAACUCCCAUCAAUCCGAGGAGGAGGAGAAGAAGAGUCUGAGCUUGCAAAUGUCUUGAAGGAGAUUCAAUCCUCACCUUUCAACAGCAAAAACCUCAAUGGCUGGAUUGACUGCAAAGAGAGAGAAAUACAUACCCUGAAAUCCUACACCAGGAUGAUGAAGAACACCAAAAUCAUCCCAUCUCAAAAUAUCCUUGAUGAAGAAGUUCUCAAUGCAGAGCAUGCUGUGUGUUUUGUCUUCAGCUCACUGGAAAGAGAUGAACCGUUCCUCUCUGCUUUGCUGAACUACCUCAAAAGCAAAACCAACUCAGAUGAUUCACACAGUUAUGAUAUCGAGAAGGAACAAUGGUAUCUCUCAAACAACUUGGCAGAUGAAAUGAGAACAAAAGUAAAACUCUUCAAAGACUUCGCAGAGGCCAACACUGAGACCAAGAGCUCAGCAUUCCUGGCAGUAGGUCUAACAGAUGAGAAACAUGAAGGUUCAACCAUCUACCUUUAUAAAGACGGAUUCCUCAUCAGUGAAAACUUUGAGCCUCCUUCUAAGCCUGAAACUGUGACAGCUGCUGACAUAAACCACAGCAGUGUGACUCUGAAGGUUUCUCCUCCCAGCUUUGGAGCAGAGAGCGUCACAUCCUACUCUGUUGAGUUCUGUGUCAUUGGACAAGAUGAAUGGAAACAACAGACUGAACCAAAAUCAUCAGAAAUCACAGUGACCCAACUGCAGCAAACACAGAGUACAUGUUCAGAUGCAGAGCAGUGACCUCAGCAGGUGUUGGACCGGCCAAUGUCAUCAAUGAUCCCAUUAAAACUUUACCCUGCAGCCCUCCUGGAGAACCGCAAGGUGAACCAAACUCUUCUGAGAUAUCAGUGAGUUGGGAGAAACCUGCAGAGCUCGGACCAGAUGUUCAC